UAGCCGCGGCUGAUAUAAAGUGGGAGCUUUUCGUAUGAUCGGCUCACUUCUUGCAUUUUUCUCGCUGUUCUCAUCCGCGAUGGCCGCUAACAAGGAACGUACUUUCAUCAUGAUCAAGCCCGAUGGAGUCCAGCGUGGGCUCGUCGGCAAAAUCAUCGAACGCUUCGAGGCCAAGGGCUUCAAGCUGGUCGCGAUGAAGUUCAUGUGGCCAUCGAAGGAAUUGCUCGAGAAGCACUACGCCGAUCUGUCGGCGCGUCCAUUCUUCCCCGGGCUCGUCACGUACAUGAGCUCCGGCCCGGUUGUGCCGAUGGUCUGGGAAGGCCUGAACGCCGUGAAGACUGGCCGCAAGAUGCUGGGAGCCACCAACCCGGCCGACUCCGAGCCAGGCACCAUCCGUGGCGAUCUGUGCGUGCAGGUCGGUCGCAACAUCAUCCACGGUUCGGACGCUGUCGAAUCGGCCAACAAGGAAAUCGCCCUGUGGUUCAAGGAUGAGGAACUGGUGUCCUGGACCCCGGCCGCCGAAGGAUGGGUGUACGAAUAAGCAGUACGUUGUGUAGAGGGCGUCAGGAAUCAUGCAUUUACUACCG